AUGUCUGACGAAGCCGCCGUCGAUAUUCCCACGGCAAUCACCCUCCCGCCGGCUGAGCUGGCCAACCUCGAAAAUAUCGAGACCAACAUGCGCAUCAUGAGCACAACGGCAGGCGGCCGCGACGCCUUGUCCAGGUGCAUCAUCUCCGACGAAUACAUCCACAAGCUCAUCCCCCUCGUGGAAAUUGCCGAAGAGCUCGAGAGCCUCGCCGACCUCCACCACCUCUGCAACAUUGUGAAGAUCAUCCUGCUCAUGAACGACACGACGAUCAUCGAGUACGCCAUGUCCGACGGAUGCUACAUGGGCGUGGUCGGCGCCCUCGAGUACGACCCCGACUUCCCGAGCCACAAGGCGAACCACCGCGAAUGGCUGACCAAGGGCCGCUUCAAGGAGGUUGUGGCGAUUGGCAACGAGAAAAUCCAGCUCAAGAUUCACCAAACAUACCGUCUGCAGUACCUCAAGGACGUCGUCCUCGCGCGCAUGCUGGACGACCCGACGUUUUCGGUCCUCAACUCGCUCAUCUUCUUCAACCAGGUCGACAUAUUGCAGCAUCUCCAGAGCAGUCCGACCUUCUUAAAGGAGCUGUUUGGUUUUUUCACUGACCCCACCGAAAAGAUUACACGAAAGAAGCAAUCCGUCUUCUUCAUUCAGCAGUGCUGCUCGAUCAUCAAGAAUCUGCAGCCGUCGGCCCGCUCGUCGCUGUACGCCAACUUUCUCUCGCACGGCCUGCUCCACGUGAUCAACUUUGGCCUGCGGAACCCCGACGUCACUGUGCGUAUCGGCGCCACCGACAUCCUGGUGUCUAUGAUUGACCACGACCCGCACAUGGUGCGCCAGACCAUCUACCGCGAGAUGCACGAAGACCACGUGCAGCUGACGGACACUUUAGUGGACUUGCUGCACGUGGAGGUGGAUCUCGGCAUCAAGUCGCAAAUCUGCGACGCGCUCAAAGUGCUGCUGGAUCCCGUCUCGAUCCAGGUGACCGUCGAGAGCAACGUCAACGGCAACGGCAAGGAGCCGCAGCUCACACGGAGGCUCCAGGCUGACCCUCAACAGGAGGUCUUCCUCAGCCACUUUUACGAGCAAACUGCCGCGCGGCUAUUCAAGCCGCUGCUCGAGCUCGAGAACAGGACGGAACUGGUUUUCACUGUUCUCCGCGAGGGCGUCUAUAUCUACCUGUACGACAUUAUCAUCUUCUUUGUCCGUGCUCACCAUCACCGGUGCAAAUUCUUCAUGAUGCAGCACAACCUCGCCCACCGGUUUGUGCAGCUCUUGAGCUGCCCCGUGAAGCACCUGCAGCUCACGGCCCUCCGCUUCCUGCGCCAGCUGGUCGCGACGCGAGACGAAUUCUACACACGCCACAUUAUCGAGAAGCGCCUGAUUGAGAGCGUCUUUGACCUACUGGACCGCGUCCUGCCCCGCGACAACCUGGUGGGCUCCGCAUGCCUCGACUUUUUCGACUUUUUUGUCAAGGAGGACGUCGUCGACCUCACCAAGCACCUGGUGACAUCCUACAAAGACCGCAUCGAAAAGCUCAGCUACCUCACCACCUUUAACGAUCUUCUGACGGGACGCUACCCGCAGCUUAUACCGCAGCUCCCGCACCACCAGGUCUUGGCCAGCAACGGCCACCUCGCUAGCCAGGAGCAGUUGGGAACGGCGAGCGAAGAGGACGGUGACUUGACCGCUGCCGCCGCCUCCCCGUCGCGAGCCCCCGACGGUGCCCACUUGUCGUCCCUGGACUCCAUUGCCAUGGACCCAGAGGAAGAGGCGUACUGGAACGGUGAAGACGACGACGAGGAGCUGCACCACUCACUCGGCUCGCCCGACGAGGACCAGGUCAACGGCGACUCGUCAGUUCUUAAGCAGCUCGUGGACUACCCGUCGGACGAGGAGCUGGAUGAGAGCGGCGAGGGCAACAGCGACCCUAUGGAGCCCGAAGCGGCCGAUGCCGCCGAUGAAGGCGCUGAUGAAGCGCCUGCCAGCGAGAACAACAAAGAGCCGGUACCGGCCGCGCCGACAGACGGCGGCGAGGAAGAUGUUGCCGAUGCCGAUGCCAACGGCAACUCGGACUCGGAAAACAUCGAGCCGGCCGCCGUGAAGAGCGUGACCUCCUCGACAACAGCCCUUAGCGGUCCGCCGCCGGAGCGGGUGUCAGAAAAGCGCCGGCGCGAGGAGGACGAAGAGGACGAUCUCGCCAAGAUGAUGCUGCAGAACAAGCGCCGCAACAGCCGAUCCAACUCACUCAACGCCAACACGUCUGUCCUCAGCAAGAUGAGCACGGGUGUCAAUGGCAGCAGUGCCGAUACAAACGGCGACACAACCGCCACGGCCACACCAGCCAAGAAAAUCUCGAUCAACAUCUCAACGCCAGGCCUGCAAGCCUUAGCCGCCACGGAAGCUACCGGCCCUGGCUCGAACGACGACAUGGCAUGA